UUAGACUAGAGGCGAGAGGGAGACGGAGCACAGCAGAGGGCGAACUCCGGUCCCGUGCCAGAAGGCAUGAGCUUAAUCUAGGGCGAGAGGGAGACGGAGCACAGCAGAGGAAGAUGACGUCCCCAAAAGAACCAGCUUCUGAUUCACGAUUUGCUCGUUCUCAUCCCAUUAGGCAGACUCCAUUGCAAGUAAUACAUGUUCUAGGAAACUUCAUGAGAAUAUGGUCUGUUUAUGCUUUAUACCACCACCUUUCCCGUAAAGGAGAUUCUGUUAUACUCUUCAUUUUCAGCUGUUUGGUUCCAGCUUCCAUCAUAUUUUUGUUGUUGCAAAAGCCUUGGAAAGGGAGGCCGUUACCGAAUUCACAGGUUGUACCUACAAUCAUAAAUGGAGCAAUAAUGGCCCUAUUCUUGAUUUUGUGGGGAAAAGGUCUUUUGUCUUGUGGUCCACUUAUUACGCUUUUGGCAGAGUAUGCUGGAGCUGUGCUUGGAGUUCUAUCUGCAUUAUUUUAUGGAAGGAGAGUUAGCGUUUGGAAGAAGGUCGGUGGACUUCUCGCAAUGUCAGUAUCAUUUUAUCUUUUAUCUAUUGGUUGGGCGACACGCACUUACUCACCAUUCUAUAGUGUCGGUUCAGAGCGAGUGGAUCAAGCUAAGCAAUCCUCAGGAUUCAAAGCAAUGGCAGUGCCCAUCUUGGCUGGUAUCUUGUCAGCUUUGAGAAGAGUGAUGGCACGUCGAGUUUCACUCAAGAAUCAGCUUAAAAGGCGACUUCAUGCAAUUACUGUUGCCUCGGCUGCUUGUUUUAUUUUUCCUCUGGCCAUGUGGGAUACAAUCUUAGGCUCAGAGUCCAACGGCAUUUCCGACUUACAGUUUACGAGUUGGGCAUUCUUGAGCACAAUCAUUUUUGGAACAGUGCUUGUAUUUUACAUUGACAAUUUAGCCGAGGAAAGAUUGCAUCUUGUUUUCUCCUCUCCAAGACAUUUAAUGGUUGCUACAGGCUGUAUCAUCGUUAUGGAGAUGUCAUAUAAAAUGGAUUUCUCUCUUUUGGGGUUUCUGAUUUGCUCUUCGGUUCUCGCAUUUGGUAUUUUUGAAGCAACUUCUUUGGAGCGUUUGAGGAGAAGCUCUGUAGAUGCUCAGGAAACAUCUGAUGGUAACUUUGAGCACAAUUUACAGAUGUCACCACUUCCGACUUGAUGUAUGUUGUUAUAUAGCAUCUUUCUAUUAUUCAAACUGAUCAUAUUUCAUGUACAAAGUUAUUUUACAUUAAAGUUACCUUAUUUCAUU